AAUUUCCAAAACCAUGAAUCUCAAAACUCAAAAAAUCCGACUCCCUCUACCAAAAAAACUGACCAGAAGAGGUUUACCAUUAAAGCUGCUUCUUAUAAAUCUCUGCAUAGUUCACUUUCAAAGCUCAAGAAGCCAAAGGGAUUCCUCAAUAAAACCUUCAAAGGCUGUCUUAAGAUCAGAUCGAGGUAAUUCAAGGCACACAAGAAACCUCUUGUGACAAGCCACAAAGAGUUGAGGUGGGGCUGGAGUCCUAAGAUCAAGUGAAGACAAAGUGAAACUAAUACUAAUGUAA